AAAUUCAGGUAGCACUUGAAGGCAGCAUACGAAGAACGAGAUUCCUCCAUCUUUCCUGAACCAGAAGUUUAAACGCUGCUGAACGCUGCACUGCUGCUGAUUUAUCCAAGAUGGCCGCCCUCAACUCUCCACUUCGGAUCUGUCGGGGCAUUUUAAAAGAGCUUAGAUAUUUAAAAGGGCCUGAAUAUAAAGGCACAAUGAUGUACAGUUACGUGAUGGAACAAUUCCGAAAAAAUCAGGUGACUAGUGAGCGUCACUGCCGUGCUCAGAAGGAGGCAGUCCACGCGUCCCACACAUACCUGUGUCUGUUAGAGUCAACGCGGCGUCAUCUGGAGCUGCAUAAUCAGUACCAUGGGAAAGGAGAGCGCCCCCCGGAGGAAGUGGCCCGCCUUGUAGGAUUGCGCUUACCCACACAGCCCGGCGGUAAGGGCUGGGAGGAGUGAGAGACUGAGUAAAGGAUGGAGAGCAGGUGGAGGACCAGCUGUCAGUCAGAGACUUUCUCUAAAUGUACAGUGUGUUCGUUCUCACUGUGUGUGUGUGUGUGGAUUUGUAAACAUUGUUUUGUCUUCAAAUAAAUAAAGUUUAUUCUGA